AUGCCUUUAUACUUAAAAGUGAAGAAAUAUAUUGAUUCUGAAGAUUAUAAUAUUGCACGUUCAUUAGGUGGUCCAGCUCAUGGUUAUAGUAAUUUUGUUAAUCCAUUUCUAGAAAUUCCUGAUCCAAGUAAAACUGUUGAAUAUAUGCAGGGUUAUGUGAAUAGAAAAUGUUGCAUUGAGCCAGAUGGCAAACGAACUCCAUUUAUGCGUCGUAGUUGGAAAACAUUUUAUGCUUCACUACGGGAUAUGGUGCUGUAUUUACAUAAAAAUGAAUCUCAAACGGAUACAAAAAUAAUUCUAUGUGAUAAUUCAAUCUCAAAUGCUAUUCGUGUACAUCAUGCUUUAGCAACAGAAGCAAAAGAAUAUACCAAAAAACAACAUGUAUUUAGAUUAAGAACAGCUGAUUGGGCCGAAUAUUUAUUUCAAACAAGUGAUCAUGAACUAUUAAAGAAAUGGGUCGAUGCAAUUAAUUUUGUAGCAGCCACAUUUUCAUCACCUCCACUACCACCAGCCAUUGAUUCAACAUUUAAAUUUCAAAGACCAUUAUUACCAUCUGUACAAACAAGAUUUUCUAUUUUUGAACAAUUUGAUUUUAUUUCACAUCAAAUAACUGAAACGAAAAAACAAUUACAAGAAUUAAAAUCAUCUGAUAAACAAGUAAUUGUACAAACGAGCAAACAACGUGAAAUUCUAGAUAAUAAAGAAAAAAUUGAUUAUCUUGAAUAUGAAUUAACUCGUUAUGAAACUUAUUCCGAUCGUUUACGUCGUCAUUUUCAAGAAUUAAAUCUUGAUCAUCGUAUCGGUUCUCCAAAUUUUAUUCGUUCAACUCUAAUUACCAGUACAUUUAAUAAUACUAAUAAUAAUAAUAAUAAUAAUAAUAACUAUCAUCAUCAAAUUAAUAAUAAUAAUAAUACCAAUAGUUCAAAUUCAACAUCUGUUUCUUCUACGUCUGAUAAUGAUGAUGGUAUAAAUCAAAUUGUAUCUUAUAAUAAAUCUGAAAAUUUUAUUGGUCCAAUUGAACAAAUAUCAGGUGUUCAUCAGACACAAAAUUCUGCACAUCGAUUUCAACAACAUCAAAUAUUACCUACACGUAAUACGACUAAUCGUUCACAUACUCAAUAUACACAAUAUCAAAAAAAAUCUUAUCAUCCACAAAAUAACAGGUAUUCAUAUUUGAUGGCCGUCCAGAAUAAUCCAAUUAUGAAAGAGCACAUGUUAUAA